CGGGACCUGCCAGCCGAAGGGCGGGGCCGUGAGCAGAGCUGGGACUGAGCAGCCCUGGUGCCCAUUCCUCCGGAGCAGAGGCUCCUCUCCAUCAUGCUGUGGCCGGGCAACCAGGCGCUUCGGCACUUCUCCACCGGUCAGGUUUAUUUCAAAAACAAGCUGAAGUUGGCACUUAUUGGCCAGAGCCUCUUCGGGCAGGAAGUCUAUAGCCACCUCCAGAAAGAGGGCCACAGAGUGGUGGGGGUGUUCACAGUUCCAGACAAGGACGGAAAGGCUGAUCCACUAGCUUUGGCAGCAGAGAGAGAUGGAACCCCUGUGUUCAAGUUCCCUAGAUGGAGAGUCAAGGGUAAAACCAUCAAGGAGGUUGUGGAAACCUACCAGUCAGUGGGCGCUGAGCUCAACGUGCUUCCCUUCUGCACACAGUUCAUCCCCAUGGAUGUCAUUGAUAGCCCAAAGCACGGCUCCAUCAUCUACCACCCAUCCCUCCUACCCAGGCACAGAGGAGCUUCUGCCAUCAACUGGACUCUAAUCUCGGGAGACAAGCAAGCUGGCUUUUCUGUUUUCUGGGCAGACGAUGGUUUAGAUACAGGGCCCAUCCUUCUUCAGCGAUCAUGUAAUGUUCACCCCAAUGACACAGUGGAUGCACUUUAUAACCGCUUCCUUUUUCCUGAGGGGAUCAAGGCCAUGGUAGAAGCCGUCCAACUCAUAGCUGAUGGAAAAGCUCCUCGAAUUCCCCAGCCAGAAGAGGGGGCAUCAUAUGAAGGUAUCCAGAAGAAAGAGAACGCUGAGAUUUCUUGGGACCAGCCUGCUGAAGUUUUGCAUAACUGGAUUCGAGGUCAUGAUAAGGUCCCUGGUGCCUGGGCGGAGAUAAAUGGACAGAUGGUGACUUUCUAUGGUUCAUCAUUAUUGACACGUUCUGUGCCUGCUGGAGAACCACUGGACAUUAGAGGUUCCAAGAAGCCUGGCCUUGUUACCAAAAACGGACUUGUUCUUUUUGGUAAUGAUGGAAAAGCACUGAUGGUGAGAAAUCUGCAGUUUGAGGAUGGGAAGAUGAUUCCUGCCUCCGAGUACUUCUCAUCGGGUGACACAUCAGUGGUGGAGCUCACAGCUGAGGAGAAGAAGGUGGCAGAGAGCAUCAAGGUCAUCUGGGCUCGGAUUCUAAGCAACGUCCCUGUGAUUGAAGACUCCACAGACUUUUUUAAAUCUGGAGCAAGCUCAAUGGAUGUUGUGAGGCUGGUGGAAGAGAUCAGACAGAAAUGUGGGCUUCAACUGCAGAACGAAGAUAUCUACAUGGCCACCAAGUUUGAGGAUUUCAUCCAAAGGGUUGUGCGGAAACUGAGAGGAGAGGACCGGGAGGCGGAGCUGAUGGUGGACUAUGUCUCAAAGGAGGUCAAUGAAAUGACAGUGAAAAUGCCGUAUCAGUGUUUCAUAAAUGGACAGUUUGUGGAUGCUGAAGAUGGGGAGACUUACAACACUGUCAACCCCACAGAUGGAUCUACAAUAUGCAGAGUGUCCUACGCUUCUUUAGCGGAUGUUGACAAAGCGGUGGCUGCAGCCAAAGAUGCCUUUGACAAUGGUGAAUGGGGAAGGAUGAACGCCAGAGAAAGAGGAAGGCUGAUGUACAGACUUGCUGAUCUACUGGAAGAAAACCAAGAGGAACUGGCGACCAUAGAGGCACUGGAUUCCGGAGCUGUCUACACCCUGGCCCUGAAGACUCACAUCGGAAUGUCUGUGCAGACAUUCAGAUACUUCGCAGGCUGGUGCGACAAAAUCCAGGGCUCUACGAUCCCAAUCAAUCAGGCCCGUCCAAAUCGCAACCUGACCUUCACUAAGAAGGAGCCACUUGGUGCCUGCGCCAUCAUCAUCCCCUGGAACUACCCUCUGAUGAUGCUGGCCUGGAAGAGUGCAGCAUGCCUGGCAGCAGGCAACACCCUGGUACUCAAGCCGGCACAGGUCACGCCCUUGACAGCUCUGAAGUUUGCAGAACUGACGGUGAAAGCAGGCUUUCCCAGGGGGGUGAUCAACAUUGUUCCAGGCUCAGGGGCUGUUGCGGGACAGCGGCUUUCCCAACACCCUGACAUCCGUAAGCUUGGUUUCACUGGCUCCACGUCCGUGGGCAAGCAGAUCAUGAGCAGCUGUGCUGUGAGUAACCUGAAGAAAGUUUCCCUUGAGCUUGGUGGCAAAUCCCCACUUAUAAUAUUUAAUGACUGUGAACUUGACAAGGCAGUACGGAUGGGCAUGGGCGCAGUAUUUUUCAAUAAAGGAGAGAACUGCAUAGCAGCUGGACGGCUGUUUGUGGAAGAGUCCAUCCAUAAUGAAUUUGUGACCAGAGUGGUGGAAGAAAUUAAAAAGAUGAAGAUUGGUGAUCCGCUGGACAGAUCUACGGACCAUGGGCCCCAAAACCACAAAGCCCAUCUGGAAAAGCUGCUGCAGUACUGCGAAGCUGGGGUGAAGGAAGGAGCCACACUGGUGUACGGAGGACGACAGGUGCCGCGGUCAGGGUUCUUCAUGGAACCAACUGUGUUCACAGAUGUCGAAGACCACAUGCACCUUGCCAAAGAGGAAUCCUUCGGGCCUAUCAUGGUCAUUUCUAAAUUUCAAAAUGGGGACAUCGAUGGAGUGCUGCAUCGAGCGAAUAACACUGAAUAUGGUUUGGCCUCUGGGGUUUUCACGAGAGACAUCAACAAAGCCAUGUAUGUGAGUGACAAGCUAGAGGCGGGAACAGUUUUCAUCAACACCUACAACAAGACAGAUGUGGCAGCCCCUUUUGGUGGAGUGAAGCAGUCUGGCUUUGGAAAAGACUUAGGUGAGGAAGCCCUGAAUGAAUACCUCAAAACUAAAACGGUGACACUCGAGUAUUAGAGCAUCAGGAAGUCUUUGGUGAACAGCCGUGUCUCAGCCCCUCACAAGCUGACAAAGGAAGAACCGUCUGUGAACCCCAAAAUAUACACAAGGACCAAGAAGAGGGUUGGCCCACUCAUGUGAGCACUUGCCCGAGGGCCUCAGUAAAUUCUAAUACACCAAAUGCUUACCUCUGUUAGGUUUGAACAGUGUUGGGUAUUGCCUGUAUUUCUAAAGUACCACUGCCUGCUCCCUCCCAGGAAGGGACUUUUCUCUUCAAGGUUCUCCAUUUCGAACACACUGACCUCACUCAGCUAAAACGUACAGAUGCAUUUAGGAUUCCUGGGUUUCUAACCCCUGAGCCAUACAUAGUGGAUCCUGACAAUGGUUUCUUUAGUUUUGCUUUCAAUAACAGUGUAUCCCACACAGAA